AUGCCGACAACAGCACGGGACUACCCUGCCGCUGCCGCGAGCCCGGCAGGGAGCCACUCUGCCAGCUCGGGCCCGCAGGUUGCGAACCAAGCCUGCAGGCCGUACCAGUCCGCACACGACGAGGCGCUUGACGAGCUUCUCCACCCGGGAAGGAAUGGAACGGGGACUGGGGAGGCAAUAGGCGUCGACAUCGGCGCGCUCGGCUUCUACACUGAUGAUAGCGGUCUCGGGGACAGCGCGCUCUGGGAAAAUGUGGGCAACAUUGGGGCUGCCGCAGGCGAUGCGGAUCCAGGGCCCAUUGAGCUUCAGGGUCUCUCGCUGACCGAGGACGCUGGAAACAGCAGCGGCGCUAAGGAGGCCAAAGACUGGGCCGGUAAUGGAGGGACUGCGCUUGCUCGGGACACCGGUCCGGCCGAGGAGGCCGGUAGUGCCUGGGGUGACUUCGCCGGAGGUUAUGAGGAAGAAUGGCACUUCGCGCCGCCUCAAGAGGCGUCUGGGGACACGGGGAAUCCCGACACCCCGCCCAUCGCGAACGUCGGAAAUGCUGACUCCCCAUCAAACUCGGGGAGUUUAGUGGAUCUGCCCACAGCGGCGCGCGACGGAGGCGAGGCGUCAGACGAGCGCGUGUUUGGAGACGCUGAAGGCACUGGCACUCCGCCGAUUGUGGACACCAGCAAUGAUGGCUCUCCUUUGGCCUCGGGCAACGCCGGGGCUGAAUCCAAACCUGCCUCUUCUUUAUCCGACGAGGGCAUGAUUCUGGUUCUUCCAACACGGCCGGCCGAAACCAGUACCACGACUCCCUCGUUGCAGCCUCAGCCACCUGACUCGUCUCAACCGGCGGAAGAGGCCGUGCCAGCUGCAGCAGGCCCUGACGCAUCCAGCCGCGCGAGUCCUCCUGCCGAGCACAAACCCUUUACGGUCUGCAUCUGCCGCGACCCACCCGAAAAGGGAUACCGACCGCCGCCCUGCCGAUCGCUCAAGUGUACCGGGCGAGUGAGCAACCCGGAGCAUCCUAUCCAAGCAUUCCGAAGGCGCUGUGACGAGUGCAUUGCUGCCCGGUGUCAUCGCCCGAUGCGCUCGUAUCUCUGCAUCUGCCGGUCCUGCUCCGCGAGAAGGGCGCCCAAACGCCUCGGCUGCAAGCUGAAGAAUCCCGCGGAGUGCGAGGGGCGGACUGUCGACCAUUUGCGUCGCUGGUGCAACAGAUGCAAGGAGGCCGGAUGCGACGAGAUCACCACGAACCCCCGGCGGGGUCGGCCGUACAAGUGCAAAUGCACCUGGGAGGAGGCACCCCCUUGCGCGUUCCCCGAGCGCUGCCUGAAGGAAGGCACCAUGGUCAAGACCGGCGAAGCGAGGGUGGCGUGGUACUGUGCGAACUGCGGUUACGACGUAGACAAUCAAGAGUCAGUUCUAGAUGAUGGGGACGGAUUUACUUAA